AUGGCUAAGCAAUCUCUAGACGUUUCCUCUGACAGAAGAAAGGCCAGAAAGGCUUAUUUCACUGCCCCAUCCUCCGAACGUCGUGUUUUGUUGUCUGCUCCAUUAUCUAAGGAAUUGAGAGCUCAAUACGGUAUCAAGGCUUUGCCAAUCAGAAGGGAUGAUGAAGUCUUGAUUGUUCGUGGUUCCAAGAAGGGUCAAGAAGGUAAGAUUUCAUCUGUUUACAGAUUGAAGUUUGCUGUCCAGGUUGACAAGGUCACCAAGGAAAAGGUCAACGGUGCUUCCGUUCCAAUUAACUUGCACCCAUCCAAGCUUGUUAUCACCAAAUUGCAUUUGGACAAGGACAGAAAGGCUUUGAUCCAAAGAAAGGGUGGUAAAUUAGAGUAA